UGGUCACCAAACGCAUUUAAAUCCCCAUAAUUAAAUCCGCUUUCCACCGGUCAACACGAAUCCCCGCCCCGUAAUCCCACUGCCAAAAACUCCACAUUUGUUCGUUCACGCCCUUCGUGUCGUCUCCAAAACGCCUCUAACCUUUCCAUUUUGCGCCAAAAACCACUCCCACCGCUCUCUCUCUCUCUCUAAAACUUUAGCUCUCUCUCAUUCGAAGGCGGAGAAGCAGAGAUGGGGAGGAGGAGGAGUUCGCCGGUGAACAAGCUGUUCGCGUGGGUCCGGAGCCAGUCGAUGAAGGUCAAGACGUUCUUGGCCGUCACGGCCGUGCUCUGCUCUCUGGUGGCGCUGAAACUCCUGAUUAGAGAUCGCAACCACUUCUUCGUCGCCUCCGAAGCGAUCCACGCCGCCGGAAUUCUGGUCUUGAUUUACAAGCUCACCACUCAGAAGACUUGCUCUGGUCUUUCUCUGAAGACGCAAGAGCUUACAGCGUUAUUCCUGGCUGUAAGAUUGUACUGUAGUUUUGUCAUGGAAGGUGACAUUCAUACAGUGCUUGAUUUUGCCACUCUUGUGUCAACUGCAUGGGUUUUGUACAUGAUAAGGUUCAAGUUGAAGUCAUCCUACAUUGCAGAGCUAGACAACUUGCCCCUGUACUAUAUGGUUAUUCCUUCUGCCGUCCUUGCCAUUCUUAUCCACCCAUAUACACAGCAUUCAACCAUCAGCAAAAUGAUGUGGGCAUUUUGUGUCUACUUAGAAUCUGUUUCAGUGCUGCCUCAACUCCGUUUAAUACAGAAUGCCAAGAUGGUUGAGCCAUUUACAGCCCAUUAUGUAUUUGCAUUGGGUGUUGCAAGAUUCUUGGGAUGUGCUCAUUGGAUCCUUCAGGUGUACGAUACUGCUGGUAAGAGUCUGUACUUGGUCGGUAGCGGGUACUUUUGGGCCCCUAUGGUUCUCCUCUCGGAAAUCAUUCAAACUUUUAUCUUGGCUGACUUCUGUUACUACUAUGUCAAGAGCGUCGUGAACGGCCAACUCCUAAUGAGCCUGCCUCCUGUCUAGGGUUCUGAUUUCAAACUUGUGGUGGCGUAACAAUGUACAUUUGGUUUUUCAAAUGCUGGAUUUUAAACUAGACUUCUAGAGUUAUCAAGAAGUAUUUAUCCUA